GCUGGGCUGGAUGGCUGUGGCGGCGCGUCCCGGCCAGUGAGGCGGAGGGAGCGUCUGGCGACCUGAGGCGGGUGACAGGCCCAGGAAAGCCGAGGGGGCGGCGGGAGCAGCGGCCGCGAGGAAUACCAUCCUCUAUCAUUAUCAGCAAGACUGGUAUGGGUAAUGGUGUGAAAGAAGCUUCUGUGGGUUUAAAAGAGAAGGAUGUGAAGACCAUUCGACCAGUUAAUGGCCAGGAUGAUAAAAGAAAAGUUCUCAACUCCCUAUUAUCUGGGGCAUUGGCAGGAGCUCUUGCUAAAACUGCAGUAGCUCCUCUGGACAGAACCAAAAUCAUCUUUCAAGUGUCUUCAAAAAGAUUUUCUGCCAAGGAAGCCUUUAAGCUCAUCUACUUCACCUACCUCAAUGAAGGCUUCUUUAGCUUGUGGAGAGGCAACUCUGCCACCAUGGUCCGGGUCAUCCCUUAUGCUGCCAUCCAGUUUAGUGCCCAUGAGGAGUACAAAACGAUGCUGGGCCGUUACUAUGGCUUCGAGGGCAAUGCUUUGCCCCCUUGGCCAAGGCUUGUUGCUGGUGCAUUGGCUGGUAUGACUGCUGCUUCUAUCACCUACCCACUGGAUUUGGUGAGAGCUCGGAUGGCUGUCACACCAAAGGAAAUGUACAGUAACAUCUUUCAUGUCUUCAUCCGGAUGUCCCGUGAAGAAGGUCCAAAAACUUUGUACAGGGGCUUUAUGCCAACAAUCCUUGGAGUCAUUCCUUAUGCUGGGCUGAGUUUCUUCACCUAUGAAACACUAAAGAAACUUCACCAUGACCACAGUGGACGAUCACAGCCAUAUCCCUUUGAGCGAAUGAUUUUUGGUGCAUGUGCUGGUCUCAUUGGCCAGUCAGCCUCCUACCCCCUAGACGUUGUACGGCGACGGAUGCAGACAGCAGGAGUAAAGGCUGGUGGAUGGACUAGCUUCUGUGCUUCAGACAGAGCAGGCUCAUCUUGGAUUUGCUCACCGAAAAUGGUACCCUGCAAUAGGUCCCUCCCACGGUGACCCACAGUCAUUUAACAGCCACCUGAUCUUAUUGCUCAGGUGCCAUAUUUUCCCAGCUCUAAGUGGGCCAUGGAGCCUGAAGAACAAGGCCUUGCUAAUGUGCUGCUCUGAAGAGUUGGCAGUGUAGUGUGGUGCUUUGGAAUGUCCACUGUGAUAUUUCCUGGGGAGGUUCCUCACCCCUGGUUUAGUACCUUCUCUCCAACCACACAUUUUUAAAGGGAAGGGGUACAUAAAUUAUUCUAAGCUAAAUCUUAGAGCACAAGAAGCAUAAGAGAAUGCCCCAUAUCCUGGGUGAUCCCAGGAUCCCCCAGUGAGGAGGCACAUAUCCAGCUCCCACCAGAAGUAGGAAGGUGCUUGGAAGGAGAUUCUCUUCUCCUGGAGGGUUGCUGCUCAGGUGGAAAGGACUGCAUGUGAUAAAUCACAGAGUGCAGAGAAAGUCCUUUUCCAAUGUAGGUAUUUUUAACUGUAUGAUUUUUUUAAAGGUCAGAAUCUGUAUCAUGACUUCAUUAGUGUAAAAUGAAGAUCAUUGCACAGUCAGUGAAAUUUGAAUGCCCUUGUGUUUGGUUCUGAUUUUGUACUCUGGACAGAAAUUGCUUUAAAGCCAAAUAGCAAAUGUGAUGACUUCCCAUUUUGCAAUCAAGUUCCACUCAGCCAAGGACAAUCAGCUUGGAUAUUUAAGUAUUCCGCUAUCGCGCUAAGGUUCAGUAGCUGUACUUUCUGAGUCCUGGUUAAGUUUCCAGUUACUAGGAAGGUGUCCUUGGUGAAGCAUUGACUUUCUAGGUGGUGGCAUAGGAAUAGUGAGGGUCUCUUCUAACUGGUAUGUGAAGUGCCAUUCCCAGACCCCUUGAAGAGAAUGAACUCUUCUUUUCUGAAAGGCAGGACUGGAGGAAGGGGAUGGUUGUCUGUCCCUACUGAGCCCCCUCCAGCCCAGGUACCUAGGAAGCCAAGGCUUGUUUUGAGUGGCUCCUUUUGAAAAUCUUGCACUUUGUUCAUGUCUGAGUGCUAUGUUUUGACACCCCCUUCCAGCAAUGCUUCCCAAAUCUGUCUUUGGAAAAAGGGAAGUAUAAACUCCUAGCAUAUCCACAGGAUUUUGUGUCAUGUUUUAAAAUAGAGAUAGAAAAGAGAAAAGCUUAAAUUUGGCUGUGUCACCGUUUGUUGACCUGAAAUGACAUCACAUCUGGGCAAUCUCCGGCGAGUCAUCAUGGUCCCCUUCAGAAGCAUAAACUGGAAUUGAAAAAAGAUGGACUUUGGGGGAAGCCCCUUUACUGAACAAUAAAUUGGAAAAUCCUCCUAUGAUACAAUAACAGUUAUAGUGAACCUUAGAAACUUGUUUUCCAGAUUUUCUUUCCAGCAAAACAUUUUCCUGAUCCUCAUGUUUAUUCACAUGACAGAUUUAAUCAUUUUAAUCCCAUUUCUUGAAAUUGUUUUGGUUGGGGUUUGGGGGGAACUUUGCACAAGUCAUUGUGUAUGAAAGUAGCUGAAAUGUGUGUGUAUGUGUGUGUGUGUGUGUGUGCACGCGCAUGCGUGCAUACAUGUGUGUCUUACAUGCAUUUUAAAUAGUUUUUUUUUCCUUGCCCAAUGCUUGGUUUAUGGGUGUGAAGAGCCUUCUCUGUGUUCACACUUUGCAUGUGGUGUGCCUGACCUGUAAUUUCGGUCCUGCCUGAACAGAGAGGACAGAAAUGGGCCAUGAUUCUCAUUGGGAAGAAGUCUUCCUACUCCUCCAAGCUACAGGCUGCAUAUUGGAAGGCAAGGGCUAUAUUGUUCACACAGCCUUCUCCCCCCUGUUUUCUGAGCUCAGCUCAUUCUCCUGUAUUGGCCCAGCAUCUCUUCCUUUCUCUGUGCGUUUGUUGUUGGAGAAGCACAUCAUGUUACGUUACCCUGUUAUUCCUCCCUCUGACUUCAGGGGUCAGUACUCUAGGGGAUUUUGUUAUCCAGGAGGCAUUUUGGCCAAGCUGCAUGUGUCCAAGGAAGAGCAGCUUUGAAACUGUUGUCUGCCUCUGUUUCAUGGAAGUAAAUGCUAUCAGUAAGGGUCUGUCCUUUAAGGGGUUUACUGUAGUGAUCCUGUGCACAUUCUGAGUCUGAACGGCAAAAAUCCAAAGCAAAGCCCUUCCUUCCAUGGAAAUGGAGCAUACAAAAAGGUUGUUUUUUCUUCUCAAGAUUUGUCCAUGGCUCCCCCAUACACUUUCAAGAUUAGGCAUCUUCCUGGUCAGAGAUCACUAAUCAAGGGACAGAUUUUAGAAGGCAAGGCCCAGAACACCAGCCCCCCAGUCUCUUUGUCCUGCUGUGGCAGCUGCCUCCCUUUGGGGCUUUUCCACAGAAAUGUGAUGCCGGACACUUGAAGCUGGGUUACCAUCCACUUCCUCAUACUCUGGUUGAGCUAAGCUUUAGUAAAAAUCAUUGACAUCUCUGGAGGGAGAAUAUGGCCGAUGGAGACAGUUUCUUCACUGGAGAAUUUUUAGGUUCUUUGCUGAUCAGUUUGACAUGAAGGUUGAAUGAGCCUGGUUAGUUGAGCCUGCUUUAGGCAGCAUUCCACCCCAGAAAUCAGCUUCCUAGAGGAAGUGUGGGAGGAUGUGGACCUGAUCCAGGGGGAGCGUGGACAAGCUCAGAGUCCUCACCAGCUUCGAUGCUAUCUCAGAACAAGUGGACCUAACAGCGGGAGUGAGUGAGCGAGCGAGAGGUGCUUUGUGUGCGUGCGUGAGUGGCCUCUGUGAGCGAGCACUUCUUGGAAAAAGUGCAAUUUCCAGAAUUGGAUCAGACAGGAAGAUUUUGGUCCUGAAACCUUUCAAGAGCUUUAGAAUCAGGUAUUCUUGGGCCCUUUGGGGCCUCCCUAUGCUGCGUUUCUGAAUAACCAACUCCCCAUUGCCUGGUUCUCCCCAAAUGCUGUGUUUUGCAGGGACUUGACACUGUUGUCCACCUAGCUUGCCUAUGCACAUAAUACGUGACACUGUUAAAUGCCUUUUGUAAAGAUGUGUUAUUGCUGUCCAUGUGUCAGUUUCGAUUGCUUUUAUUGGUCUGGAGUUAUAUUUUGAUGCAGUGAAGAUACUUUGUUUAUAUAUAUAAUGUUUAUAUUUUAAGAUUUGUGCCAAGAGAAUAUAUUUAAUAAAAAUUAAAAUAAUUUGA